AUGACGGUGGUGGAGCCUGCGCUGCUGGGCCUGAUAGAGGCGCAGGCAGCGUCACAACCUGAACUGCACCAUGGUCGGCAGACCAUUGUUUACAAGAACGGACAUCGCUUCGAGGGUGACUGCAGCAAUGGUCAUUGGCACGGCAAAGGGGUGCUAACGACAGCCGAAGGCCUCAUCUACAAGGGUGAUUUUGAGGACACGACACUCUCUGGCAAGGGUGCCAUCCAUUGGCCUGACGGCAGCCUAUAUGAAGGAGACGUGGAGCGCGGGCGACGCCAUGGCCAUGGCCGAUAUAGCGCCGCCGACGGCUCUGUCACAUAUACGGGUGCUUGGUAUCGCGGGGUUCGGCAAGGACAGGGCCGCCUCGAGUAUGCUGACGGGAGCGUCUAUGAGGGCCUGUGGAAGAACAAUCAACGAGAUGGGCAGGGCCUCAUGCGAUAUAGCUCUGGCGAUACAUAUGAUGGUAACUGGGAGAAGAACGUUCGGCACGGGCAAGGCAUCAUGUACUGGAGCUCUCGCUGUCAGCGAUAUGCUGGUGACUGGCACCGUGGUCAACCGCACGGCCAGGGCGAGCACAUUUGGUUUGCUGGUACCAAAAUGGACAGUGCGCCCGUGCACGUAGGCCUCAAUUGCUACCGUGGUGCUUUUCUUAUGGGCCAGCGCCACGGUGCUGGCGUCUUUCACUUUGCUGAUGGUUCUUUUCUGGAAGGGACCUGGGUUCACAAUGAAAAGCAUGGCCCAGCAACUCUGCAGUCCCACACGGGUGAAACCGUGGCCGUGGUCUUUGAUCGCGAUCAGCCUGUCAACGCUUCGAGCCGAGACCUCUUGCAGUCCAAACCCGACUACGUACAGCUUUACGGCCAUCUUGACGUUAUGGAUGAGACUGAAGUGCUUCAGGACCGCCUCGUGUCGGCACAGGCCAUUGCUCUGCACCUGCGCACUAUCACCAAGGGCGGGCGCCAGCCCAGCCCGCCUGCUGCCAAAGACAUUAUCCAGACGCUGCGCGUUUAUCACCCCUUGUCCCACGAUCGAGACAAUCUCAGUCUCGACUUCUCGAUAUCACUCGUCAAUGCGCUCAUGACACUGCGCACCUGCCUCGACCUGCGAGCGGCAGCUCAGGCAAAUAUGGUUGAGCAGCAAAGACAAGCCAACAUCGAACGCGCUAAAAAGGCUGCCCAGGCUGCUUCAGCUCCCGCCCUGCCGGUGCCUGUUGCCGCGCCGGGCAAGUCGCCCCACUCUGCCGGCUCGUCCGGGUCUGGAAAAAUUAGCUCUAGUAGCGGCGAACAUGGCAAGAACAAAGCCACCCCCUCAACGACUCAAAACACCACUCCAGCGGCCAGCACGGGCGCAGUGCCCGUGGUGGUGUCCGCUGUGGACACUGACACAAGCUUGGACCAUGGCGUACCUUCGGGGCGGGAUAGUCCCUGCGAAGUUGAACUCGUUGAGGAAGAUCGCUCUGUUUUUGAUGCUGAAGCGCUGGACAGGUUUUUGCAGCUGAUCAUUCCUCCUCCUGCUUCCCCUGAACUCGAAGCCUCAAGAGAAGAAUAGCUUGGUGCAAAGUGCCAACACGCUCGACCCGCGUCAUCUCCACUUGCGCAGCAACAACAACAGCUUCUGCACACAUAAUUGACUUUUUAUUCCC